AUGGCCUAUCUGGUUGCAGUAUGGACCUUCUGCUUGUUCUUGGCACGAGUCGCAAAUGCGACCAAGUAUGGCACGAUCGGUUACGGUAUCAACAUGUUUCAUCCGUUCUGCUGCUAUGCCUGCCACGACUCGUUGGUCAUGGUGUACCUCAACUGCACGACCUUUUCGGAGUCCUCGCGCGCUCACGAUGGCAUGUCCAUGAAGCUCCUCAAACGCAUGGAUAUGGACAUGGCGGGCUCGACCAGCGAUGAAUGCUACGCCACCGACGAGCCAUAUUUGCAGUCCUUCGCCUACUGCAUUCAGUCGCACUGUGACAUCGAGGGUCUUUCCUAUGAGAAGCAGAACUCAUGCUUCCGAGAGAUGGCCGCAAACGGACUACUGGUCCCUUCGCUGGAAGACUCCUUGCCAACAGUUCCCCCAACGGAAGAGCUUGCCGAGCAUGCUAUGUGGCUAAACAAGACAAUGCAGGUCAAUGAAGCGUAUUGGAAGGCUGACAGGGGGACCAUUGACGAAUUUGAGCAUUCAGAGGUGUAUCAUGUCCGGUUCUCCAUUAUCGUAAUGACUCUUAGUGUCGGCAUACCACUGUUGGCGGGCUUAUGGUUGUGGCUGACCGCUCUGCUCCCGACGAACCUCCGGCAGGACGGGCUCGUUAUUUGGCUGCAAGCAAGCUUUCUCCUGCCCGCGCUGCUGCGAAAACGACAUGCUCAGCCUCUACCAUUCAGACUCGGUUACCUCCCCAAUCGCAGUAUGACGGGCCUGCUCACGCUCUACGUUAUUCUGAAUAUCGUCUUUUGUGCCGUGCCUUACAGAAGUGUCCAACCGAAUACUUGGUUCUCCAACAGAAACCAAGAAAUGGCAGCCUACAUCGGCAACAGGACAGGAGUGUUGAGUUUCGCCAACAUGGCUCUCGCCAUCCUCUUCUCAGCGCGCAACAACCCUCUGAUGUACCUCAGUGGUUGGUCGCAGACGACAUUCCUCGCCUUCCACAGAUGGGCAGCUCGAGUUGCCAUCUUACAGGCCGUUGUCCAUUCGAUCGUCUACACGGCGGAUUACUGCUACUACAAGGACGGAGGCAAUGCAUACUACGCAGAAGCCGCGAAGCCGUAUUUUUGGUGGGGCAUCAUCGCAACAACUGCCAUGGGCUUGAUGGCCGGUCUUUCAGCUCUGCCCUUACGCAUGUAUGCCUAUGAGCUAUUCCUGGGCCUGCACAUCGUUCUGGCGAUCUUAUCGCUGGUGGGAUCCUGGUACCAUGUUGACCUCAGGUACAGCAAGAAUUGGGGCUACGAAGUGUGGCUGUACAUUGCUUUCGCCUUCUGGGCCUGGGACCGCCUUGUGCGGCUUCUUAAAGUGGUCUACUACAACUUUCCUUCUGGAACAUCGGCGCAAGUCGAGCUCCUUCCGGGCACCAAUGUGGUUAUAUUGACAAUGUUCCCAGGCAGGCACUGGGGAGCCCACCCGGGUCAGCACACAUUCGUAUACUUCCCGACGCUGAAGCGGGUCUGGGAAAAUCAUCCAUUCAGUAUUCUGGAUUGGGGGAUGACUUCUCCUUUGUCGCAGGCUCGUUUGGCAUCAAACUCGAGUUCAGACGACCAAACGCCCAACAAGGAAGGCUCGUUGAGGCAGGACCUAGAACCCUCGACCACUGCGCGCCACCGGCACUGCCAUACCUCGCCUGACAACGGCCCCGAACCCCAAUUCUACAUCCGCUGCCUGUUCAGAGCUCAAAGAGGUGCGACAGGUGAGCUUCGCCGCGCAUUGCUGAAAGCGCAGUCCCCCACUACCUUCGCCAGCUUCGUCGAAGGGCCGUACGGCGGUCUUGAACUUCCAACCAGGGCCAUCCUACGCUAUGCAGAAAGGAUAAUCUGCAUUGCAGGGGGCAUUGGCAUCACCUAUGCAGCCAGCUUUGCCAAGCAAUUUGCUCACGAGCGAGCAAAUUUAAGAACCUCGUCACCGAGAGAUGCCGCUGGGGCACUCUUUCCGCGGUGCAAGCAGUUUACUUUGGCAUGGACGGUCCGUGAGGUCGAGCUCUUCCAGUAUGUACGACACAACUUGCUGCCUGACCUUUCAGAGGGCGGCCUCGACGAUGAAUCCCUGCGGUACAGAUUCUGGAUUACCGGUACUCGUACAGGAGAGGGAAGUGCAGACACGACGUCUGCCACCUCCGCAACCCAGCCUCGGUCUCAGCCUGAGCCAGACAUUCUUCCCGACAAGACCAUCCAAGUCACUGCGGAGACACACACCGAGAAGCUCAUCACCACGGUAUCAGGCCACAGAAUGGACGUCGCGCAAGUCAUUGCUGCGGAGUCAAAUGCUAGCAGCUCGACACUUGACACUCGUGUCGCCGUGCUUGUGUGUGGACCGGGCGGUCUAGCAGACGAGGUGAGGUUCCAGGUCGCUCGUGUCGCGCGGCAGGGUGUCUUGGUGGACCUGAUCGAGGAGACGUUCAGUUGGUGA